AGCCACGAUGCAGCCUGCAGGGGCACGGCCCCACUCGCUCACCCACCCAGGUCGUAGAGGGCGCCGAGCACCGCCUCCAGCCGACGGCACGGCUCCCGCGACCCCAUGGCGGUGGCGGCGGCGUGAGGAAGAACGGAGGGCGGUUUGAUCCCAAGCGGCUUCCGUCGCCCCCAAGAUGGCGCCGCCCAUCGCACGGCGCCCCCGCCCUCCCCCGCGCCCGCCGCAGCGCGCCGGGCAGCCGAGCCGGGGCGGCGCGGGGCCAUGGGCGCCGCGGGAGGCGGCGGCGGCGGCGGCGGGGGUGAAGCCACCGCGGCGGGCUAGGGUGGGCGAACGGGGCGCGGGGCGGCGCGGCGGGACUCGCAGGACCAUGGCAGCGGCAGCGGCGGCAGCGCCCGCCCGGGCGCGGCGUGGGGCGCCCAUGUACUCGCAGAAAGAGCUCACGUCAAAGAAAAGAGAUGAGUUUGAAGAUAUCUUGGAGGAAAGACGAUUGUCCAGCGACUUGAGAUACGCGAUGAAAUGUUACACUCCUGUGAUCUACAAGGGACUUUCACCUUGCAAGCCAAAUGCUAUUAAAAGUGCUGUUCUCCAGUCAGAGCAAGUUCAGUAUGUUAUCAAGCAGUUAGCAAAAGAGAUGGGAGAAUCACCUGAUAUUAUUCAAGAAGAAGCCACGGAAAUCCUGGAUGAGAUGGGCCACAGUAUGCAAUUAGGAGCUGUCAGAUUUUUUGCCUUUACUCUGAGCAAAAUAUUUAAACGGCUUUUCCAGAGAGUUUGUGUAAAUGAAGAAGGAAUGCAAAGAUUGCAACACGCCAUUCAGGAGCAUCCGGUUGUGCUGCUGCCCAGUCACCGAAGCUAUGUAGACUUUCUCAUGCUGUCUUAUUUGCUCUAUACGUAUGACUUGGCUUUGCCUGUCAUUGCUGCAGGAAUAGAUUUCCUAGGAAUGAAAAUAGUUGGUGAGCUGCUGCGAAGGGCAGGUGCCUUUUUCAUGCGACGUUCCUUCGGUGGGAACAGACUCUACUGGGCAGUGUUUGCUGAAUAUGUAAAAACGAUGUUAAGGACUGGCUAUGCCCCAGUUGAAUUUUUUCUUGAAGGGACUAGAAGCCGCACCGCCAAGACUCUGACUCCAAAGUUUGGUCUUCUCAGCAUUGUGAUGGAACCAUUUUUUAAACGUGAAGUCUUUGACACGUACCUUGUUCCCAUCAGCAUCAGCUAUGAGAGGAUAUUAGAAGAAUCUCUCUAUGCAUAUGAACUCCUUGGAGUCCCAAAGCCCAAGGAAUCUACAUCUGGGUUGUUAAAAGCCAGAAGAAUCCUCAGUGACAAUUUUGGCACCAUACACAUCUAUGUUGGCCAGCCAGUAUCGCUUAGAACCUUGGCAUCUGGGAGAAUCAACCGGUGCCCCUACAAUUUGGUUCCCAGGCAUCUUCCCCAAAAGCCAUCUGAGGAUAUCCAAGAAUUUGUCAGUGACGUAGCUUAUAAAAUGGAGCUCCUGCAAAUAGAGAACAUGGUUUUGAGCCCGUGGGUGCUAGUUGCUGCUGUCCUGCUGCAGAAUUUGCCAGCCAUGGAUUUUGAACUUCUAAUAGAAAAGACCCUGUGGCUUAAAGGCUUAACACAGACUUUUGGAGGAUUCAUUGAAUGGCCUGAUAACCUGUGUGCCAAAAAAGCCGUCAUGGCUGGCCUCACCCUGCAUUCCAACGUAGCUCGCCUCGUUGAUGGCCAUGUGGUCCUGAAUGACAAAGCGGUGGAAGAUGGAGCCAUAGGGGAGAUCGUCUUUAAGCGUGCUCUGGCCACCCUCAUGUGUGCCACCUACAGAAACCAGCUGCUGAACGUGUUUGUGCGGCCGUCUCUGGUGGCAGUUGCCUUGCAGAUGACACGCAGCUUCAGAAAAGAGGAAGUCUACAGCUGCUUCAGCUUCUUGAGAGAUGUUUUUUCUCAUGAGUUCAUCUUCUUUCCUGGCAUUUCAUUGAAGGAUUUUGAGGAAGGAUGUUUUCUGCUCACAAAAUGCGAUGCCAUUCAAACAAGUCAGCAGGAAAUCUACCCUACUGACAAAGGAAGUGUUACAGUGUCUUUCUUGUCAGCUAUGUUCAGACCUUUUGUGGAAGGUUAUCAGUUAAUUUUCAGAUACCUCUCAAAGGAAGCAAAAGAAGCCUUUACCGAGAAGCAGUUUAUACCUGGAGUCCGCAACUUUGUUUUCCAACUUCUUGAGAAGGGGAAUACGCAGUGUUAUGAAGCGCUGUCUUCCGACAUGCAGAAAAACGCCUUAGCAGCUCUUGUGCAACUGGGUGCAGUGAAGAAGAAGAAAAUGUCCAAUGGAUUAACUUACAAUGUAAAUCAAGAGGCUGUUAAUAAAAUCUUGGACAUGUUUGAUGCUAGGAUACCUGUACAGAAGCCUGUGGCUGCACGACUCUGAGUGGUUCCUGAUGGUGUAACUGGAUGUCAGUGCUUGCUGAGAGCACUGACCACCGCCCGGCCAGAGCAGGGAUGGAAGAAGGCGAGGUUCCCCUCUUGCUCGGCCAGCCUGGAGCCGUGGGGGCUGAGAGCUGUUCUUCAGCCGGGGCAGCUUGCCAUUACUGCUUAGAAACUGUUGCUGCCGAGGGUUAGAGUUGUAUUUGUAUCUUCUCUGUGUUUUGUUUUGUUGUUUUUUUUUUUUUGAAACAGAUUAAACAUGGUUUUGGUUAUUCUUUUUUUUGGGUAAAUAUUUAAAGAGACGUGCACAGUAAUGGCUACUUAAGUACAUUUUUCUAUGCUUGUAACAAGGAAUGUGAUUGGUUUCAAAUACUUCAUGGCUGUGAAAAUGUAACAGGGAAUUAAAGUACUUGCUAUUAAAAUUAAUAUUUAGAAAAAUA